AUGGCGGAGCACAUCCACAACCCCCACUCCGCUGCAGGUGUCGGUGGGGUCCACCACCAGCAGCAGUCCCCACCCCAGCCCCCCUAUCCGUGGAACAACGGACUGUCCAGUGAGCAAUGCAACCCCCACGACAAGGACAGCGACUAUUGGGGUGGGAGCAGAGGGGCGAAGCAGGGCUACGAGCACUUUCUGUUGCAGGCAAAGAUGAACGCGGAUCACAGCCAGCUGCAGAAAGUGAAAAUUAUAAAUGUGAUGUCUCAACAGUGA